CCCUCCCUUCCCUCCCUCUCUCCCCUUCCCCUGUUUCUCUCCCGUUUCCUUCCCCUCCCGCCGUUCCCGUCCCCUGCCCGGACCCCGGGUGACACGGGGCAGCCCCGUGCGGGUGGUGUCUUGCAGGGCCCAGCCUGAAAGUCAUCAGCACGAUGUCGGUGGGGUUUGACCACCUCGCCCUGGACGAAAUCAAGAAGCGAGGGAUCCGUGUGGGCUACACCCCUGACGUCCUGACCGACGCCACUGCAGAGCUCUCCGUGGCCUUGCUGCUGGCCACCUGCCGCCGGCUGCCCGAGGCCGUGGAGCAGGUGAAGAAUGGUGGCUGGACAACAUGGAAGCCCUUAUGGAUGUGUGGCUAUGGUCUGUCUGAUAGUACUGUGGGCAUCAUAGGGCUGGGGAGAAUAGGACAGGCGGUUGCCCGCCGCCUGAAGCCCUUUGGGGUCAAGAAGUUUUUGUACAGUGGCAGUCAGCCGAAACCAGAGAACGCCGCUGAGUUUGAAGCCGAGUUUGUCCCACUCACGAGGCUGGCUGAGGAGUCAGACUUCGUCGUGGUGACCUGCGCUUUGACUCCGGCCACCCAGGGAAUGUGCAACAAGAACUUCUUCACCAGAAUGAAGAAGACCUCCGUGUUCGUCAACACGAGCAGGGGGGCCGUGGUCAACCAGGAGGACCUGUACGAUGCCUUGGCCCAGGGGCAGAUCGCAGCAGCAGGCCUGGAUGUCACCACGCCGGAGCCGCUGCCCACCAACCACCCUCUCCUCUCCCUCAAGAACUGCGUGAUCCUGCCACACGUCGGGAGCGCCACGUACGCCACCAGGAGCACCAUGGCUGUGCUGGCAGCCAACAACCUGCUGGCUGGGCUGCGAGGGGAGCCGAUGCCCCACGAGCUGCAGCUCUGAGGGACAGAGCCAGGACUCAAAUUACCUUCCCUGGAGAAGCCUUGGGGACCUGUCCUGUGCCUCCUCGACUCUGCAGAGAAGAGGGACCUGCACCACAGCCAUUAAAGAGAUGCAGUGAA